GACACAAGCAACCAUGUUUCUACAACCUCCAGGAAAGAAACCAGGCGGUGUGUUUCAUUCGCGAUUGGGGUCGCGGCCGUCACACAUUUCCAAAUUGAGCAGCGGGUUGGGUUUAGGAAUGCGUAAAAAGAAACUCGAUCACAGCAACGGCGGGCAUACCCAACUAAUGGCGCGGGCUUCUUUGGCACCCAUUGAGCAACAGCAACAAUCGCAUGAGCUUGCGCAAAUGAACGCGCUAAAGAUCACGCAGGAAGAAUUACAACGGGAUCUGGAAACACUAGGACUACAACAGCAAGAAUCUCAGAGACUGUUGGACAACGCCAAGAAUUUCAAAGAGCGCCGCGUUCACCAACACGCCGAGCUGGAGUCCAAGUUGGAACAUAUCAAAUACAAAGUUGGGCAAGAACGCGCGGAGCUCCAGCGUCGUCAUCACUUGUUGUCCUCAGGUCAACGAGCUUUAAGUCUAGCUCGUCUUUCGGGAGAUCGAACGGGGGACGACCUUCGAGCACUGGAUCGUAAGCUCAAACAGGUUCUGGAAACCAAGCGGACAUUAUUUUUCUAUCAGCGAAAGCAGGACCGCCUUCUGCACGAUCUUCGUGCAGACCUUUCCUCUCUAGCACAUGAAAAAACAGAGGCUACAGCUCAAGUCCAUGCCGCCGACCAGAACUUGAAAAAACUCAAACUGACCGAGCAUUCUCUCCGCCAACGUAUCCAGAGCGAAUCAAAAAAACUUGCUGCUUUCUCACAGCAAACGACAUUGCUUCGUGCCGAAACAAUGUCCAUGGAACAUAUGAUAGAUGAAGUCACCGACGCACUCGAACUGUCCGAAGCGGCACACGCAAAAUGCGCAGCAGAAACAGUGUCGGAAGAAGACCGUCACAACAAAGCUGUUAUAGCACUAGAGGCCAAGAUCGAAGGCAAAUACAGUGUGCAUCGUAAGUUGUCCCAAGAAAUGCAAGUGCUUCGGCAGACUGCACUAGACCAUCAAUCCGAUCUCCAUCUCGCCUGGGAACGCACUAUCUAUGCGCAAAUCGCCAAUGGAAUGACUCCGAGCAAGUCCCAAAAAGAGUCGAACAUUCCGCCGGUCUUGGAAUUCGGCUGUGUGGAAGUGAAAGUUGAAACAGAAACGAAAGCGUGCGAAGAAGAAGCCCAAAUAAUUGAAGAUCUCAAGGCGACUCUUUCUUCUUUCAAGGACCAACUUGACGAGAUGGAAGAAAGGGCCAACACAUCGUCAGAGAAGGUCGAAUUAGAGCAGGGCGCCAUAAACAACGCCAGGAAAACCGAAGAAAGCAGGCGAGAUGAAGCAUCUAAGUUUCUGAUCGAUAUCGUCACGCUAAGAAGAGAAAACGAACAUGUCCGAGCUUCGUUUGACACUCUUCGAAGCCUACGUGACGACCAGAACGCUGGCAUUAAACGUAGCAUAGACACUGUCCGUCAAGAGAAUGGUCAAGCUGAGCACAAUCGUUCACUUGCUCAACAUCGACUAAGUAAAGUGGCAACUGAAGUUCGUUCUACGAGCGCUUCUGCUCUUCGGGAGAAAGAAGCAAUUGCCUUGAAGCUAGCAGAAUUUGAGAGUGAAAUUUCCACCGUACAUCAGUGCAAUCUUUCAGCAAAGGAGGAACUGAAUCGCUUGUCGUCCAUCAUCGAGAGUCAAGACAAGCUCUCUCGUAACAGUCUAGGCUUGUCCCAGUCUGCAGCGAAGAAGAAUAUUGCUGAAAUUCUAAAUGAAUAUCCGGAUCUUGAAAGUGUCCGUUUCGGGUACGACCCGAAGAAAACCCUCGACGAGCAAGCUGAUGAGAGUCUCAAGCUGAUCGUUGCACAUUGCAAGCACCGUCUCAACUCAGCAAAGAAGAUGCAGGCAGGGCUUCGUGAAGCUGCCAAACUUGAAGAUCUCGAACUACGAGAAAUGCAAAAGGCAGCUGCUAUCGAAUCAAAACGCAAAUUCAAGAUCCGAGAAUAUCGCAAGCAUCGUCUCCUCUCCGGCACUUCAGGAAACGCCAUCAAGCAAAGUAAUUUGAAAGACGAAAAGAAACACAAGAGCAGACGAAGCUUACAGAGUAUGCGUGUCAAAGCAUCAGCAUGGAUUGGAGACGAAAAAACUGAAAAGACACGACGCGACAAGAAGAAAAUGCGGCGAGAGGAACUCCAGCAUCAGACAGAAAUAGCUCUCGAGAAUUCUGAACUGAACAGCGUCGCCAAACCCCGGGAUCUCUUGGAAGUGUUUUCCCGUGUUGGUGACGACGGCGGCAAAUCGACGUACGACUUGGAAGCUUGUGCUGUUCUCACACAGACUACUGCCGGUAGUGAAAAGAAGGUGACGUGGGAGGAGGACAAUGGAAAGGAGAAAAGGACGAGUAAGAUAUCCAAGAAAGAUUGCACACGGGGACGAAAGACAAAGGAGUGCCUUUCGAAGGACAGCACCGAAAAGCCACACAUUCCGAAACUGGCUCCCUCUUCGCUCUCGGCAACUAUGCUCGAUGCCGGCUUUCAAGAAGUGUCGGCCCUUUUGGUUGAAAAGGAAGCAAGCUCACAUCGGAUCAGUUCGUCCAAGCCAGUGGUCCAAAAAUCCUACACCUUGCCUUCAGUUGACCGCAUAUCUAGGGAACCUCGCUCUCAAGAUCUGAAAAAAUUGCUUUCCUGCAAAUCGAUAGGACAUACUGGUGAAAAAACUAGAAGCAAUUCCUCUCGCUUUGGAAAUCCUAAGAAGCGUGACAUCGAUGUCACAACCAAUCCGCGUAGAGAGAUGCCCCAUUCUUUCGGUUCGACUAAGCCGAUCUCCAAAACCCGAGGGGAAAAUGCCCAAUCUCUUAAGGAGUGGAGUGGCUCCUCUACUUCUCACAGAGCAUUUGAAGACAAAACAAAUUCGUCAAAAACAAAAGACCAAGAGCGACGAACAACAAGCCACCAACGUGAAAAGGGUAAGCGUUCCCAUCGUUCGUCGGCGGAUGUUCGAACAGCUAGCACUGAUCACAAGAAGAUGAACUACCACCUAUCCUUGUCCCAUAAUUCGAAUCCAUCUCUGAAGAGAAACAGCUGUCAAACUUCUGGACUCAGUUCCAAGGAGCGUCCUGCGAAGUCUCGUCGUCGCUUGAAGAGCAGGAGCAGUGAUGUACUGAAGAAUCAGAUUCAAACCUUUGGAGAUGAACGGUACUCAUUCGGAUUUGCCACAUCCUAAUCAUCUCUUGCAGCCGACGUUCCAACCCGAACUAUAGGGGUCGGCAAUUUCUAACGACAGCGCUUAAAAAAAGAUCAAUAUGUGUUCGCUGUAAACAACUCACAAAACGAACCUUUUUGGCCAACACGUCCUUGACUAACGUGAG